ACACAUACAGAGAGAGCGGGAAAUUAAAUUAAUACUUAAUUACUUAUUUAAUUAUUAUUAUCAUCAUCAAUCUUCUUUAUUAUUAUUAUAAUUAAAUAAAACAAAGCUUUUACUUCUCCUCGCCUCCCUUUUCUUCUUCUCUUUCUCUCUCUCAAUCUCUGAGCUGAAUUUCAAAACCAGAACAAGUGAAGAGACCGUCCUCCUAUCUCAACUGUUGUUCUGCGUUUGAUUAUGGAGUCUCACCACGCACGCGCUUCUUGAUUUGUUUUAGUUUCUUCUUUGUUUUCUCAGAAUCAACCAUGGCCGUUGCCUUUGAUGGCUUCUCAAUUCGAGAGUACACGGCUAAGAUGAGGAGCGUUGACGUGGCCAAAUGCUGGCCCUUCUCGGAGAAAGCGGUUGCGACGAAAACUUCGGAACAGGUUGAGGCGUUGCUUCCUCCUAUCACCGUCGCCAAGUUCAAGUGGUGGUCCCACGAGCUAAGGCGUCUUCGAUCCACGCGCCGCCUUGAGGAUGAGAAAUCCUCAGACGAGAAAUUGGAGAUGGUUUGUCCCGUUUGCCGAGUUUUUACUUCAGCCACGGUCAACGCUGUGAACGCUCAUAUCGAUGAGUGUCUUUCCGGUAAUUAUUCUUUCCAGCCGCCGCCGCCGUCGACGACAACGACGAAGGAGGCGCGUCGUCAGAUCGUGAGGAAUAACAACUGUAAGGCGUUGAAACCCAAAUCUAAGCCGCCCAAAAAGAGAUCGAUUACCGAGAUUUUCGCUGUUGCGCCUCAGAUUGAGACGAUUGAGAGUAGUGAGAUGAGCGAUAAGGAAGGUGAUGAGGUUGAAGAUGAAGAUUUAGAAAGAGAAGAAGUAGUUGCUGAUGAUGAUUCCCAAGUUAUUUCAAGUGUGAGUAAAAGUAGUAGUAGUAUAAUUAGUUGUAGCAGUACUGGUCCAUUAAUGAAGGCCAAGAACAAGAAGAAGAAGAAGAAUAACGCUAUGAAGAAGAUCAGCAAAGAGAAUAAUAAUAAUAAUAAGAAGAAGAAGAAGAAAAGAGUAUUAUUAAUUGAAAAGGAGAGCGGUAUGGCAAGCUCGCUUGUUUUGAAGAAACUCAAGGAAAAGAAGAAAUUCAAGAAAGUGUUGAAGAAAAUGAAGAAUGUUGAUUUGUCUAAUUCGUUUGCAACUAAUAAUAAGGGAAAUGUUCAAAAAUUCAAACUACAAAAUCAUGUGAUUGCAAAAAGGCUGAAGAGGAAGUUUUCAACAGAUAUCUCAAAUUCUGAUUCUGUCUGGGGAAAUAAAACAAGUCCUAAAUGCUUAGCUACACUAGAGAAGCAAAAAUGUUUUGAUCCACCGAAAUUGAUCGCGAGGAACCAGGAACCUGCCUUACCCAUUCGCAGCAUUCUUAAGAAUCAUACCACUUGUGAGCCGAAAUCUACUACUGUUGAUGAAGAUUUUCAAUGUGGUAGUGAAGCCAAUCCUUGUGGUAUUCUACAAUCAGAAAGGCAUGUUCGUUUUUCGGACAAAGAGGACAUACUUGGACCGAAGAGUAAAGAGGUUUGUUCUUCUGAGCAAAAUGAUAGGAACUCACUUUCAGAUGCACUUGCUGCUUCAUCAGAAGAUGUUCAGUCAUCUGACAAUAAAUCAGCAGCUGUGGAGAUAGAGAGAAGUGAUGUCGAUAGCACUUUUGGCACUGAUUUUGGAAGUGAGGUUCGAAGCAUAUUUGGAGGGAAACAGUUGGUUGAUAUCCAUCAUGCAGAUCUUCCAAGUUCUCCGAGGCUACCUGUAACUAUUCGUGACAAAAUGAACCUUUUUCCUGAGAAAAGUUCUUUACCUUUAAGUCAAUGCGCAUUUUAUGGUACUAAUUUGCAUAUGGUUGGUCAAGACUUUGAAAAUAAAAAUCUUAAACAUGGUUUUAGUGGCACACCUGGACUCUUUUCACCAUUGGAAGGAUCUCAUGGAAGCACUCAAGCAACUGGUAAUGUUUCUAGAAUUUUCAAUUCUUGUGGAAGAUCAAAUUAUCAUUUUCCAGAUCCUACUCACAAAGUUGCUGAGAUUAUGCCAAUGAUAGAGACGAGACCAUUUUCAGAACCAUCAUCCAGUUUCACUGCCAAUGAAAAUUUAAGCCGUAGGCUUCAGUUUCAAUCACAACCUGCUGUGGAAAACGCUCGUUGUCAUACUUUAUGCUACCAACAAUUAUGUCGUAGGCGUCCAAUGGACUUAGUUGGUGGGUUUUGUUCUUUUCCAGAGUGGAAUCAUAGAGCAGUGACCUCAAGAGAAAGGACCAGGGAGGAGGAUUUCUUCGGGUUGCCCCUCAAUUCACAAGGUGAGUUAAUCCAAUCAAAUUCAAGGGGUAAAGGUUUGUAUAAUCAGCUGAGGGAGACAAAUUUUGCUGGGCCUUCAAGUAGCUUUUCCGCGUCACAUAAUCUUACCCAGCCAAGAAUUACUGCAGACUACUUGAGUGUUACUAACAAGCAUUCUGUAGAGAGAGAUCUUCCAAAUGAUCGGGUAAAUCUGUUCCUUACACAGAAUUAUGUUAAAGAGAACUCUAGCUUACAAGUUCCUGCAACUAGGUUAGGUGUUAGUUAUUGGGAAAGUAGUGGCAAAGCAGAUAUUCAACAGCUUGAUUUCGGAAGAGUAAGUAAUCAUUCUUUUCGGCCACUUGAUGCAGAUCUUAAGCUAAUGGGUACUUCUUUUCUUGGAAGCAGACAUUAUGAUCACUUGCAGAACCAAAUAAUAAAUGAAAGGAUUCAACAGAAGGAAAGUUCUGGUAAGACGGCACAGAAUACCAGCCAACCAACGAUGCGUUUAAUGGGAAAAGAUGUUGCAAUUGGUAGAAGUAGCACAGAAAUGCAAGUAAAGGACGAUAGUAAUAAGGUUUGGACCGAUAAAGAAAUUAUAGUAGAACACUGUCCAUCAGUUGCUGGCCUGGAUUGUUCUUCACUGAAAAGAAAUUUUCAGGAGUGGAUUCCACAAAAGUGUAAAGAGAAUGUGGGGCGAUCUCUAGAUCUUCACAGUGAGAAGUCUACUCAAACAAAUUUACCAAUGAAAGCAACAGAGUCUAGUUCAUAUCCUUACCUUGACAGAGAGAAAAGUUCCUUAAUUUCAAGUGAUAGCCUUGCUACUGAUAGAAGUCCUAGUGCUACUUCACUCCCUUUCUCUCGUUUACCUCAUUCAUCUUCAGUAUUUAAUCGGGAACCCAAUCUCCAGGAUUUCUUUAUUUCAGGAACUGAAUCACGACUUGUUUCUCAACAUCCGGUGCUAUCUACUCCACAGAAUUCUUGGCAGUAUAUGGAUUGGAGACCAGCUGAACUCAAUCACCAUCAGACCUUACCCCAUUUUACAAAACCAGGAUUUGAGUUUCCUUUCUUAAAUCCAGAUUCUAGGGUAGAUGUUCAAUCCUCAUGGUUUCAGAACUCCAAGAGCCUGCCCUCUUGGUUGUUACCUGCAAGGCAACAUGGAAAUACAUCAAUGAUUGCUUCUCAGUUGAUUCCAAAUGCAAUAAGCAAACAACAUCAGCACAUUUCAUCCAGAACAAGUUUUCUCAACACUCCAUCUGUUUACCAUUCAGGAGAAGCCUGCUCUUUUUCUUGUAAUCCAGGAGGCGAUUCGCAUUUCCAAGUGAGGAGCUCAUUUGAUUCAGCAGACGCUGUUGCUCUCCCUUCAACUGUUCCAGUCAUCCCCGGGUUAAAACCAACAUCUGUCAUUGAUGCAGGCUACAGAAAUAGGUUGAAGAUCAAAGAAAGACUUAAACCGAAAGCUUUGGGUGUGAAAGACCUUUAUCCUUACAAGAAAACAAACAAGAGGCUUCAUACCAAAUUGCACGAUCUCGUGAAGUCCAAAGAAAUUCUGAACUCUAAAAAGCAAGCAAAUUCGAGUGUUAUGGCGAGAUGCUUAGAGAAUUCAAACAAUGAAAGACAAUCUGAUAUGGUGGAAGAAUUCCUUCAUUCAAACAGAUAUUAUUCAAGUGAAUUUUGUAGCAGUGGAAUCAAAAUAUCCGCGAACGAUUGUCCAAGUGCUGAUGGUUCAGGAAGACCAGGUCCUAUGAAACUUAGCGCAGGAGCAAAGCACAUUUUGAAACCAAACCAAAAUGUUGAUCCAGAAAACUUCACGCCUGUCGUCCACUCUACCAUCCCCUUUACCGCCGUUCCUAAUCCUAACGCGAAUAAGGUAGGAGAGAGUAGAGUGUGCUGCUCAUAUAUCUGACCACAUGGGCCUCUGAGUUCGAUCGAAGAAACCUGUGAUGAGUAGCAAUCAACAAUCCAACAAUGUGGGAAAUGUGAUAGCAUAUGGUUAGAAUCUAUGCCAAAAGCUUGUUUCUUUGUGUGUGGCAUUUGUAAUAUUAUAUGUAUGUUUGUGUUAAUGUUAGCUUUUAUGCUUGCCUUAAAACAUAAUUUUCCUCUGAGGAAGCUUAAAUUACAAGGAAUAGGAAUAUGUACUUUAAUAUGGAGAAUAUGUAUUCGACUCAUUACUAUAUUGGGCUGUUUUAAGAAUUAUCAUGAGUUGGAAUAUUGGUGA